UCCGCCCCUGAUUGCGGAACUCCCCGCUCUGAGGAGGAUGAAGAUGAGGAUGUUGUGAAGGCAGGUUGAAAACUGGUAGACCAGGGAGGCGGUGAACACGCACUUUGCAUUAAUUCAGCAUGUCGCCUGCGUAUUGUUCGACGAAGCCAAACUUUUAGUACAACGCCCGUUCCCCUUGCCUUUAAAUGACACGUCGCUUUGACAGAGGUCGAGGACGACUGAGAUACCCGAUUGCUCCGCUGUCUUUGGCCGAGAAGGGCAUCCGCUCUUCAGGCCGCCUGUCACCAGCUGCUGGCGUCGCAGCCACUGUUAGCACCUAGCUGGCUAAUGUAAGGAGAUUCAACCACAGAAUUACAAAACCUUCAAAAUGAUUGUAACUGCAUUGUACUACACAAUAGAAUUGAAACUUACCAGCUUUGACUGAAAUCCGUCACGGACUGGUGAACAUUCAUCACGAAUGACGUGAAAAUAAAAGACUCCGUCAAUCCAAUAUGGAGAAAAAGAAACCGUGCCCACGACUCCUUGACUACUUGGUGGUGGUUGGUGCAAGGCAACCUAGUAGCGAUAGUGUGGCCCAGACCCCUCAGCUUCUCCGACGAUACCCUCUGGAAGACCACCAGGACUUUCCACUCCCACCAGAUGUGGUGUUCUUUUGCCAACCAGAAGGCUGCCUUAGUAUACGUCAGCGUAGGGUUAGCCUACGCGAUGACUCCUCAUUCGUUUUUACUCUAACUGACAAGGACUCAGGAAUUACUCGGUAUGGAAUCUGUGUCAACUUCUACCGAUCAUUUCAGCGUGGGCAUCAUCGCACCCGUAUGGACAAGAGUGGCCCCACCGAGACUCAAGGAGGGGACAGCACAAGUGAGGGCUCUGAUGGAAGCAGUGGAGGCCAGUCUUCAGGGUUAUCACAAUCCAAUAAAGCUGAGCCAGCGCCUCAGUCUGCUUCUGGAGAGAUUGAACCACCAAAUACUGAUCUAAAUACUGAAAAGCCUGCACAGCUGAGGCGAAAUACUGCAAAGACGGCUGCCAGGAAUCGCAACAGUACAUUGACCUCGUUAUGUAUACUCAGCCACUACCCCUUUUUCUCCACCUUCAGGGAAUGCUUAUAUAUUCUCAAGAGGAUGGUGGACUGCUGCAGUCAGAGGCUAACACAGCGUGCUGGACUGCCCCGUACAUUCCAAAGAGACACAAUGUGGCGAGUGUUUACUGGGGCACUCUCAGUGGAAGAGAAGGGAAGCCAGCUUUUGGCUGACCUACGGGACAUAGAAUCAUGGAUAUACCGAUUGCAACGCUCACCUGUACCAGUGGCAGGCCAGAGGCGUGUGGAUGUGGAAGUGCUGCCCCGUGAAAUGAAACGGUCUCUCACCUUUGCACUGCCUGACAAUUCCCGUUUCUCUAUGGUCGAUUUUCCGUUGCACUUGCCUUUGGAGUUGCUGGGUGUGGAUGCCUGUCUUCAGGUUCUGUCUUGUGUGCUGCUGGAACACAAGGUUAUUCUCCAGUCAAGAGACUAUAAUGCUUUAUCCAUGAGUGUAAUGGCAUUUGUGGCCAUGAUCUAUCCCCUGGAGUACAUGUUCCCUGUCAUUCCUUUAUUACCAACAUGCAUGGCCUCAGCUGAACAGCUGCUUCUUGCACCUACUCCCUACAUCAUCGGUGUACCAGCUAGCUUUUUCCUUUACAAAUCUGACUUCAAAAUUCCUGAUGAUGUGUGGCUUGUGGAUCUAGAUAGCAGCAGGGUAAAGGCACCUACAAAUGCUGAGAUUCUACCACCUCUUCCUGAGCCUGAAGCUGGCGAGCUUAAAAAACAUCUGAAGCAGUGUCUGGUUAGGUUGACCGUGAUCACCCAAAAGCAGAUCUUCUCCUGUGAAAAUAAGGCCUUGGCGAGUAUGAGUUUGAACACCCAGCCCAUUUUGAACCUAGAGAAGUUCCAAGAAGGCCAGGAAAUGCCCUUUCUUCCCCCUGGACGUGAUAAAGCUUCACCAUCAUCCACUGAGUUCAACCCCCUCAUUUAUGGCAAUGAUGUUGAUUCGGUGGAUGUAGCCACCAGAGUGGCCAUGGUACGGUUCUUCAACUCUCAGAAUGUUCUCCACGGUUUUCAACUUCACACAAGGACCUUGCGCCUCUUUCCACGUCCUGUGGUGGCUUUUCAGUCAUCAUCUUUUCUCGCUUCUCGGCCGAGGCGAUCUGGUUUUGCUGAUAAGCUUUCCCACACCCAAGCAGUGGAGUUCUAUGGAGAGUGGGCUCUCAAUCCCACUAAUCUUGCGUUUCAGAGAAUUCAUAAUAAUGUGUUUGACCCAUCAUCAAUUGGUGAUAAACCUAAGUGGUAUGCUCACCAGCUCCAGCCGGUGGUUUAUAGAGUUUUUGAUGGAAGUUCCCAGCUGAUCGAGGCUAUGGCAAGUCCAUUUGAGGAUGAGAGCAAUGAUUCUGACCCCACCGACAGUGGUAGUGACAGCGAGGCAUAUGACGACUCUAGCUCAUCCUACUCUUCACUUGGAGACCUCGUGAGUGAGAUGAUUCAAGGAGACAUUCAGGGAGACACACCAAGCCUACAGCCACAUACACAUGCUGCCCUAGGAGAUGCAAGUGAGGUGGAGUUUCAAGACUUCCAGGAUUUAAGAGAAGGCUCAGAUGCUCCAUCCGGCGGGGAUGGUCCUGGCGAAACAUCCGAUGGACAGCCCCUUCGCUCAAGCUCCAGCACAACUGCAAGCUCCAGCCCCAGCACAAUCAUCCAGGGAGUCAACCAUGAACAAGGGGAAGCACCUGAUAGUGAAGCACCAGCUGGUUCUGGCCCACCCAACCCGGUCCUAGGAGUUAUCAGCCAGCCCUCUGUCAGAUCAGCAACUGAAACUGGUCCGGUGGAUGCAGCUAUAAAAAAACGAGAGUAUGACAACCCAUAUUUUGAGCCUCAGUAUGGCUUCCCCUCUGAAGAUGAUCCUGAUGCCGAAGAGCAAGUGGAGUCAUACACCCCUCGAUUCAGCCAGAACCUCAAUGGCAACAAGGCACAGCGACCUUCACGUCCCAGUAGUCUGAGGCUCCCUGGAGAGUCUGAUGGUGAGGGUGACAGCUCACCAAACUCAACCAUUUCCAACAGCAGUAAUGAUGGAUUUGGGGGACUAAUGUCUUUUGCAAGUAAUCUUUACAAGAAUCACGGCACCAGUUUCAGUCUGUCCCAUCUUGCUCUACCAAACAAAGCUGCAAGAGAGAAAUCGACACCUUUUCCCAGCCUCAAAGAAUAUUUAAGUUUUGAUAUUGAGGAGGAGCUGGACCAAGCAGUAUUUGGGCUAAAUUCUCUAAUGGAGAUUAUAACAGAGGCCGGCCCGGGCAGCGGAGAAGGUGCACGUGCGCCUCGGGCACUUGUGGACCAGAAGUCUUCCGUAAUCAAGCACAGCCCUACUGUGAAGAGAGAACCACCCUCUCCACAGGGUCGUAUAAAUAACACAAGUGAAAACCAGCAAUUUUUAAAGGAGGUUGUGCAGAGUGUCCUGGAUGGACAAGGUGUUGGCUGGCUCAACAUGAAAAAAGUGCGCCGCCUGCUGGAGAAUGAGCAGCUCCGCAUUUUUGUUCUGAGUAAGCUCAACAGAGCCAGCCAGUCAGAGGAGGACUCCAGACAGGAAAUCAUACGAGAUGUAGAGGUGAGCAGGAAGGUAUACAAGGGCAUGCUGGACAUAUUGAAGUGUACAGUCUCCAGUUUGGAGCAUUCCUAUACAAAUGCAGGCCUAGGAGGGAUGGCCAGCGUCUUCAGCUUAUUGGAGAUAGCACGCACACAUUAUCAAACCAAAGACCCUGAAAAGCGCAAGCGAAGCCCUACAGAUAGUGCCGACAGCCCGGGGAGUAAAGAGAGUCCAACCGGUCGUAUGGAGACUGCCAGACCACAAGGUCUUCUGACCAUUCCUCACCUGCAGCUGCCACAUCACACAACGGGCAGGGGAACCCGGCAUUUUGACACCCGGAGCCUGAAUGAAGAGAACUUUAUUGCCUCGAUUGAAUUGUGGAGCAAGCACCAGGAUAAGCAAAAAUCUAUGGAAAAACCACAGAGGGCUGAAGGCACAAAACAUCACCGCUCCCAGGUGACUGAUGCAGAGGAGAAGAAAUCUCAGAUAAGUGCUGAUAGUGGUCUCAGUGUCACCUCGGGCUCUCAGAAGAGUGACACAGAAUCUGUAACAAGCUCCGAACCGCCUAUCUUGACAAGAAGUACCAGCCAAGACUCCGAAGCAAGCACAGUGAUAAGCAAUAGUUCUGGAGAAACUCUGGGUGCUGACAGUGACCUGAGCAGCACAGCGGCAGAUGGCAUGGGUGGGAGAAGUGCUUUACAUUUAACCCAGUCCAGAGGGACCCUCUCUGACAGUGAGAUUGAAACAAACCCUGCUACCAGUUCAGUCUUUGGAAAGACUCACACAUUGAAACCCGGGGCAAAAGAACAAACAUCAGCAAAAGGGGUGCCUACUCAACCAAUGGAGGACCUUAGUAUGAGGAUCUAUCUUUGUGAAGGCCUGCUGGGCCGUGAUAAGAGCUCCGUUUGGGAUCAACUAGAGGAUGCUGCCAUGGAAACCUUUUCGCUAAGUAAGGAGCGCUCAACACUGUGGGACCAGGUGCAGUUCUGGGAGGACGCCUAUUUGGACGCUGUCACAUUAGAGCGUGAGGGCAUGGGAUUGGAUCAGGGACCCCAAGAGAUGAUCGAAAGAUACUUGUCAUUGGGAGAACAUGACCGCAAGCGUCUGGAGGACGAUGAGGACAAACUCCUAGCUACGCUACUUCACAAUAUGAUUGCAUACAUGCUCAUGCUAAAAGUGAACAAAAAUGACAUCAGGAAGAAAGUGAGGCGCCUAAUGGGCAAGUCCCACAUUGGCCUUUCCUACAGCCAAGAGAUCAAUGAGUUGCUGGACAAACUGACCCAAAUGAAUGGCCGUGAAUUGCAUAUCAGGCCCUGCGGAAGCCGUCAUAUCAAGAAGCAAACCUUUGUUGUACAUGCUGGUACUGAUACCAACGGGGACAUUUUUUUCAUGGAGGUUUGUGAUGACUGCAUAGUCCUUCGCAGCAACAUUGGCACGGUUUAUGAGCGUUGGUGGUACGAGAAGCUCAUCAACAUGACUUACUGCCCCAAGACCAAGGUUUUAUGUCUCUGGAGACGUAACGGCCAAGAAACGCAACUUAAUAAGUUCUAUACCAAAAAGUGUCGUGAACUCUACUACUGUGUAAAAGAUAGUAUGGAAAGAGCUGCUGCCAGACAGCAAAGUUCCAAACCAGGUCCAGAGCUCGGUGGAGAAUUUCCUGUUCAAGAUAUGAAAACCGGUGAGGGGGGAUUACUUCAGGUCACCUUGGAAGGAAUCAAUCUGAAGUUCAUGCACAGUCAGGUUUUCAUAGAGCUGAAUCACAUAAAAAAGUGCAAUACAGUGAAAGGAGUCUUUGUCCUCGAGGAAUUUGUUCCUGAAACUAAAGAAGUGGUGAUCCACAAGUACAAGACACCCAUGGCACAUCAGAUCUGUUACUCGGUCCUCUGCCUUUUCUCCUACGUGGCAGCUGUCAAGGGAAAGGAGACGGACGGAAAAGCCAAGAUUCUAUCGCCACGACCCCUCCCAAGCUAGUGCACCCUCCCACGCCUCCUCCAUGUGCCUCGACUUGAGUUCCAACACCUCAGACAAUCCCUCAGUGACAUGGGAGCACACAAAUGAGUGUAAAUAUUGACCUGUUUUAGUGCUCUGUUAUGUCCUGUAAAUAUUCGUUCAUGGGAAGUUUGUCCUCGUCCGUUUGUGUCUUCUUCUGCUCUCCGGGCAGAUGUUCCUUAGGUGAAGCCAGUGCAUGCAGGUCCCGUGCACCAAGUCCUCCCCUCCUAGAAUUUAUUGCAACAGUGUGCUUCUUUUAUUGUGCUGUCACUCUCUGCAAACGUGUAAAUGAAUAACCGCGUCAUGCGAUGCUGAGGGGAGAAAAAUAAGUAGUCUUAUGAUCUUAGCUCAGUCCAUCGGCUGAAUUGCUGUUCUAGUUCGCUCUAUUCCUGUCUGUGUUCUGCUCUUGAUGAAUUGCAUGUUAAGAACAUUCAGGAAUAAAUAUUAUAUAUAUUUAUAUAUAUAUAUAGUAUUUAUUUAAUAUAUACAUAUUGCUGUAUAUUUCUAAACAAGUAAUACCCAUAAAUAUUGCUUAAAUGUGCAAAUUGUUUCUUAUUACAGGAUGAACAAUGUCAGUGAGAGCUUUUAUUUUGUAUCCCACCCUUCGAUUGACGUGACAAUGACGUCAGUGUGACGUGAAUGUGUUUUGUCUCUUCAAUGUGUGAACCUUGUAAUCAUUUGCUAGAUUGGUCAUGCUACUGAGAAGCAUCAAGUUGUGAAUGUGACCUUCAAAGGCAACUCGCAUCAGCUCUCUCAUUCAUAAUAGUGUGUGGACACAAUACAGUGUUCAUUAUAGUUCAUGAAUGAUGAAUUAUCUAAGAACUACUGAAAAAUGAACACUGUUGGAAUGACAACUUUUGAGUGUUAGAUGUCUCGAAAUGGUAAAAAUUCUAGUACAUUCAACUGUGUGUAUGUGCUCUUUGGGCUUUAACGUAGUUCCUCCACAUCCAGCAAUACAUUGGUACGAUCCUAAGUUGUUGGCAAACAUCUGUAUACAAUUACAUUUAAUUCACCUCAUCUAUCACAAUAAGCCUGAAUCCAAAAUUCAAUGUGUGACUGGGACAAAGCUUUGAACCUUAGUGGGUCUUUGUUGUCACGGUUUUGACUGACUACUGUCUUGUGAGGAAAUAAAUGCCAUGUGUGAGUAUUCUAGUAAUUGGAGUAUUUCUAGAAUAUGUACAGCUCUAGCCAGCAAAUAAAGUCGUCCAUAAUUGAGCCCUGUGUUUUUUUAUUUAUUUUUGAGUGGGGAAAAAGUACAUAAGGCAAAACUGCUGUAAAGUUUUUUUUAACGUGCAAACGUACAACAUUUAAAUCAACAGUUUUCACUAGCUCAUUUAAUGAGGCUGCCUGCUUUCCAUUUUCAUUUGUCAUAUGGAUUAAAAUAAAUGCCAAUGCUAUGGUUAUCUUUGAAAUAAGUGAUAUAUUUAAAGGGAAUGGAAGAGCUGCUUUGAUUAGCGGCGAGUGUAGUGCACACUGCCCCUUUUUUCACCCCCCCCUCCCCGUUUUGGCUUGUGUGCAUCUGUGAAAACGCCAAAACAACUUAAAGUGCCUGUGACCGCAUAAAAAAAAAAAAAAAACUUAAAUAGCAUUAUUAUGUGAAUUAGAAUCAUAUUUUGAGACUAUUCAACUAUGUACAACAAUUUGGCAAAGCGCAGAUGAUGAGAAAUUAGUCUUUUAAUCUGCCGUUUAGCAAUGCCUGUCAUUAUACCGCUCUAGUGUCCUCAGCUGGUGAGUGACGUCGGCAGGGUCACGAUUUCGUCUGAUUUAGAAUUCAGCCCAUUGAGGGGAAAGAUUCUGAAUGGGGAAAAUGCGACGAAGACAGCAACAAAAUCUAAUUGUUUUAAUCUUUGUACUCCAAUAUUUUUACAGGAAAGUAUUUUUCCCCAAUUGCUAAAUAAAUGGCAUAGGCAUGACCAAUAACAGUCUUGUGGUAAAUGGAAUAUGAAAUAUUAAAAAUGCAUUUAUUCAGUACGACAGGGCAAAAUUACUGCAUGAUGGUCAAAACUGUCGACUUCUUGCACCUCCCGAACAGUAUUUUAUGCCACCGGAGAUAGUCCGGCUUUUGUCAUUUCUCUGUCCUGGCUUCAGAUAGAGUAAACAAAACAGGAGGCGUGAGAGCUAGCCGACAUGCUAACCCGAACCGAGUGGCGUUUCCAAGUCUUAUUCUUGCCAUCAUGUCACACGGCGGCAGGGUUGUCGAUCAUUUUCACCGAUUGCCAACCCCCCCGGCAGUGAGCAAGUUAACAGCUUGACGUUCCCGUGGUGCGGACAGAAGUGCUCGUUGCAGGGGAACAAGCUGGAGAAUGACUGCCAGACAAACCUGCCGACUCAGAGGAGCGUGUAGCUGCCCUAGCCCAGCCCGAGAAUAGUGGUCUAUUGCCGGGCACACGGACGAUAUGGAGAACAGCAGACGAGCGGGGGGCUGCACGAGCAUUAGCCGAAGAAAGCGCGAUCUCGGCGGGCACGCGAAGAGAACUGAGGGGGUUGUGCGACAAGCUGCCGGUCAUCGGCACCUUGUCGGUGGACAAGGAGCAUUGUCAGCCACAAAAUGCAAGCCACCUCCUUAUUAAAACUUGUGCCAUGUUCCCAGUAUUUGACACAAUACAAAACAUGUAGUUUACACACUUCCUCUUAAGUCCAAAGGUCCCACAGUUGUCUGACUUGUUUUGGCCAAUCUUCGCACCGAACGGGAACUUUUUUAAACCCAAAAAACCUCCCAUACUUCUCCGUGGUGCAUUAACAAAAACCUGCAGCACAUUUGGCAAAAAAAAAAACCAAAAAAAACCCGAAUUAAUCCGCUAAAUUAGAUGAAUCCGCAGUCCAUCUGCAUGCUAUAAAGCAAUGCUGUAUGUAUAUUGAGAUACUGACCCGGGUGACGUCACAUCCGCAUUCCUUCUCAAUCCAGAAGUCACUCAUUUUCAUGGCGCGGGAUUAAAAA